AUGGCUUCUGGGCCCAUUGACAAUGAACACACGAUGGAAGUGUCAUACAAGCUCGACAUAGAUAUCUGGAACCACGAUAGAUCAAAACCUUACGAACAAAUUGGAUAUCUCGAUACCCAAGCCGCUGCGAACUUCAUAUCACAGGAAAUGUCAGACUUUCUAGGACAUGAGAGAAUGCAAUACGAUGGACCAGGUUUCUUCGGAGCGGGGAACCCCGAUGUAGUUCCAAUCGGACAAAUCAAUAACGUCUAUUUCACUUGGAAAAAGUCGCCAACCCGAAAGUUGCACCAAGAGACGUUUGUUGUUCUUAAGGAGCUGCCGUAUAAUAUUAUUCUAGGAAUGGCAUUCCUUAAAACCCACAAAGCCUUGUUACUCAAUGCGGCGCUGUUACCCCUAGCUCUAAAACCUGCAUCGAAAAUAGAGAAAAAUAUUAUGCAACAGAGCAGAGAGGCUAACAAGGCUCAACAAGAGGCCGAUGAAGAAGCGGAGAGAGCCAAGGGACGGGAAGAGAGAGAGAGACAGCGACAGAAACAAGCACAGGUGCUUCAAGCUAAGGAUCAGAGCGUUGUCCUUACGAAGUAA